AUGUGGGCGGGGCUUGAUGAUCAAGCCCCGCCUUCCCGCAGGAUGCAGCGGGAUGUACUUGCUGAAGUCCGAGCUGCGCUCAAUCCCAAAGAUUUUUUCUCAGAGACACAAACCCACAACAGCUCAGUUUUUAAUUCCUGGGUAAACCCACAAUUCGACCGCUCUGUUGCAGCUGGACCUCCAUUGAGGCGGGGGAGGAAAAAAGGCCUGUCUGCUUCAAGCAUCCUUGAUGGUUGCAGUCAGCUGUCUAGAAAGAACAGUGUGUGCAAGUACCCCUCAUUAUCAUUUCAGACAGGGUCAAGGGACCGGCCACACAAGCCCAAGAGCACGCGCUCAAAUAAAGGUGCAGAGUGUACUGUUGGGUCAAACAUCAAAGAUCAGCCUCAGGAAUCGUACAAAAACAAAAGGACAGUUUCGAGUGCACAGAGCAGAGACACACAAGGGAGAGAAUUUUCCUCAAUCAGAAAAGGGAAUGUGGAACCAUUUUCAGAUGUUCCUAUGCCCUGCAGUCAGCGUUUGGAGCGACCCAAAAUUGCACCUGCUGAAGUGAUCCGGGGUUGCAGAAUCCCAGCAGAUGGAACUUCAACACCUGCCUCUAAUGAAUGUAGCGACACAGAGGUCAGCCCAGGCCCACCUCCUGAUGUGGACACUCCAAAAAUAAGACAUGAUGGGAGCAGCUGUCCCUCCUCUCCUUCUGUUCAUUUGCUCUUGGCUCAACCUUGUACACCACCAUCCAACCAACCACCCCAUAUUUUAGUUGCUGAUACACCAGAGAGAGAUUAUGGGAUAAAGGUGACUUGGAGGAGGAGAAUGGGUUUGAUGUUUAUGCUAAAAGAGAGGGGCCACCUUUCUGAAUCAGACUGGUUAAUUCACUGAUGUUUUUUUUUUUAAAAGAAAAAAAUCUGAAUAAUUGGUUGUUCAUUUUCUGUUGAACAAUUGAUUCUAUUAUUGUCACCACUCCAUACUUGAUAUUUAUAGGAAUUCUGCUUAAAUCAUAAUCAAUCUUAUAACUCAGAUUCAAUCCUUUGCCGAACAAAGGUCAUGCAUUUUAAAAUCAGAUGUAUACAAACAUUCCGAGCGCACAUGGUUUGCAUUACAUAAUUUAAAAUUGACUUGACAUAUAGGCAUUUUAUUCAGUAUUGUGCACAAAAAACAUGCAACAUGUGUUUGAGAAAGGGGAAUGUUUGGCUGAAUAAGUUGUGUAUCUUGAACAUCUUGUCAUAUUAAAUAUAUAUCAAAAGAAACAUUGAAUAAAUAUAAGUCAAAUGAG